AUGGCUACCACAACUGAUGAUCCACGGCUCCGCGAACCGCUCGCAGCCCAGCUCCGCGGCAGAAAUCUUGAACCAGGCGACACACACGGCCGAUUUCAACAAGAUACUGAGCUCCCAACGAAGCUUUCGUCAGAAGGGCUUGGAGGAAUUCUACUCCAAACAAAGGGAGGCUUCUGCCUCGGCUGCGCAGUCGCAACAGGGUCAACUAGAUUCGGCGCCGUCGGUCUCUCAGCUCUACAAUCGCCGCAGAUGUCAUCCGGAGUCAUGAACCCGAUCCAAGCGCAACAGGGAAUGCUACCCCAUCAAGCACAGAUGAUGCCUGGCGGCCAACCCGGCUUUCAACCCCCCGUAGCCCAUCAGCAACCCCCAGUGGGUCAAUCACCCAUGCGUGGCAUGGCGCCGGCUCGUCCGGAUCUCAUGCACCAACGUUCGAAUCCAGCCCUGGCCGGAGGCACUCCACAGCCGCCGGGUGGUCCUUAUGGGUAUCCAACCCAGCCGCAGCACAUGUGGGGUCAGCCGCCUCCUCAGCCCCAACCAUCGCCGCUCUCUGCCGGUCCUCAGGGGGUCGGAAUGCCACAGUAUGCGCCGCAGUUGCAGCAACAGCAGCAGCAGCAGUCCCCCUCGCCAAUGGCACAUUCCAUGCCGCAGCAACAUCCUUCCCAGUCGCCACGCAAUCAGCCGCGCCCGUCCGUCCCCCAAAUGCCGCAGUCAUUCCCCAUGCAUCACCCUCAAACAUCACAGCAACAACCCAUGUCGAUGGGUUUUCCAGGCGUCACCGGCGCUCCUUACCCGGGCAUGGCGGCUCGUGCCAUGUAUCCCUCGACACAGGGCCCCGGUGGUCAGCCGUUCAUGGCCGGGACUCCUCAGCAAGGCAUGGCCAUGGGCAUGAGUGCCGGCGGUAUGCCCGGAUGGGCCCCGGCACCCAGCGGGCCCGUCCAACCGGGACACCCUCAGCCUGGUCAAUCUGGAACACCUCUGGGAUGGUCCGGUUAUUGA